CAAUCAUUUAAUUAAUUAGUCUUCACCUCUUUCCUUGCAAAUAUCACAGUCAAUAGCAAAUGAUGACAAACAUGCUCAAAAGUAAAGAAAGUCCUUAGAACGAUCCACUAGCACGUACUGUGGCUGGAGCAAGACAGAAGACAUAAAGUAAUGGAACCAUUUUUAGAUUUACCUCAAUCCAGCAAUAUUUCAACUGAACUGGGUGGAGAAAUACAGACCAAUUAAAAUGACUGAUAUUGUUGGAAAUGAAGAAACUAUUAGUAGAUUAGCUGUAUUUUCUAGAGAAGGGAACGUUCCUAAUGUUAUCAUUGCUGGACCGCCAGGUACAGGAAAAACCACCAGUAUACUAUGUUUAGCUAGAACAAUGUUAGGUCCAUCCUACAGAGAUGCUGUUUUAGAAUUGAAUGCUUCAAAUGAUAGGGGUAUUGAUGUUGUUAGAAAUAAGAUUAAAAUGUUUGCACAACAGAAAGUCACUUUACCUAAAGGUCGCCACAAGAUUAUUAUACUGGAUGAAGCUGACAGUAUGACAGAAGGAGCUCAACAGGCAUUAAGAAGAACAAUGGAGAUAUAUUCUAAAACAACUAGAUUUGCUCUGGCUUGUAAUUCUUCAGAAAAAAUUAUUGAACCUAUACAAUCUAGAUGUGCUGUAUUAAGAUAUUCUAAAUUAAGUGAUGCUCAGUUGUUAAGCAGAUUAUUAGAAGUAUGUAAACAAGAAUCAGUUAGUUUUACUGAUGAUGGUCUAGAAGCUAUAGUCUUUACAGCACAGGGUGAUAUGAGACAGGCAUUGAAUAAUCUUCAGUCUACCUAUCAAGGUUUUAGUCAUGUAAAUAGUGAAAAUGUUUUUAAGGUGUGUGAUGAACCACAUCCUACAUUAAUUAAAACUAUGUUACAACAUUGUAUCGAUGUUAAUAUAGAAGAAUCCUAUAAAGUUAUGGCACAUUUAUGGAAAUUAGGAUAUUCCCCACACGAUAUCAUCACUAUUAUAUUCCGUGUGUGUAAAAAUCAAGAAAUGCCAGAAUUCUUGAAGUUAGAAUUUAUCAAGGAAAUUGGUUACACACAUAUGAGGAUAGCAGAAGGAGUUGAUUCUUUACUUCAAAUGGCAGCUUUGUUAGCAAGAUUGUGUAAAAAGUCUGCUGCACCUGAAAUGCUAGCAAAUUGAGACAAGACUAAGUGUAAAAUACUGUGAGAUCCUGUUGAGGGUUUCACUGAUCAGAAUUUAUAGUUUCCAACUAAAAUAAAACUUUGUGGAACCAAAUCAUCAGAGUAUCAUACAAGUGCUAUUUGAACUCUCAACUGACGAUAUUCUACAACAGGACAAUUAUAAUUUCAUUUUCCCCCGAAUUAAUAUCGGUGUUAAAAGAUAAAAGUAUAUUGUUAUAUGUCCACAUUGAAAUAUGGUUGUGUAUUGUCAUCACACCCUUGCACACUCUUAUGCUGAUGGGUAACAUUAGUAUUGGAUCUUUUAAAAAUUUGUAAGAAUGGUUUGUAAUAGUAAGAUGAUACAUGUACACUUAUUAUGUGACCUCUAUGGAUGUAUGCUUUGUUGCCUGUGAAAUACAUUGAGGAUUCAUC